AUGACGAAAUACUGGAGACAUCUAUCUAUCUAUCUAUCUAUCUAUCUAUCUAUCUAUCUAAUCGACUCUCCCAUAUCUCUUUCAUUUGGUGUUGUCGUUCGUAUUUUCCUUGAAUACAUUUUUGCUACCCGGCUCUCACAUCAUAUACCCAUUUCAUUUGUGAAGCUCCCCACACGGAUUCAGUGUCCAGUCGCGCCGCUCCGCCUCAACGAACUGCAAAACGAAAAGUUCGACAUUUCUUCGUGUGUCAGUCGAGUUAACAUGUGUCAUUCUCCUCUUUCUUUCUUUCUUUCUUUCUUUCUUUCUUUCUUUCUUUCUUUCUUUCUUUUCCAAUCUUUCUUUCAUUCUUUCUAUAUUUCUACUUUACUUUUCAAUAAUUUUUCCUUUUUUUCUUUCUUUCUUUCUUUCUUUCUUUCUUUCUUUCUUUCUUUCUUUCCAAUCUUUCUUUUAUUCUUUCUAUAUAUCUACUUUACUUUUCAAUCAUUUCUUUCUUUCUUCUUCACUUCCGAAUCUUUUUUUUUUUUUUUUGUAUUUAACUGUCCAUUUGUUCUUCCUUCCUUCCUUCCUUCCUUCCUUCCUUCCUUCCUUUAUUUAUUUAUUUCAUUUUACUUUCCAAUCUUUCUUUCAUUCUUUCUAUAUUUCUACUUUACUUUUCAAUCAUGUUUCUUUCUUUCUUUCUUUCUUUCUUUCUUUCUUUCUUUUUCUUUCUUUCUUUCUUUUCUGUCGUCCGAAGCACAAUAA